AGCACCUUCUGAGCUCCAAUCCUGGAGAUACCCCUCCAACAACCCCACGACAUCCCUCUCUCGCACCAUUGACACGCGUCUUGCGGCUGUGCUGGCACUUUUCUCCACUGCGGAGAGCCAAGCUUCAGAAAACGAACAAGCCAGCUUCGAAUGCGACUGACGUCCGACUGGUAUUUCUAUUGAGAUUUCUCAUGACAUGCUCCGCGUGGUUUAAAUAACCUUUCUCUCCACUCGCUCGCCCCCGCGCGAAACCAUACGGUGACCACGGACCAGCCAUGCUCGUGUCAAUUAGCCUAGAGCACCCUCACACACACUAUACAAACCUAGACAUUAUCAAUGGAAGGGUCACACUACGGGUUACGAGUCCCAGCACGGUGUCGAACAUCGUCGUGAAGCUGGAAGGAGAAUCGCGGACGAGGCUGCUCGCUCCAGUUAGACCCGAGAGACCUGACAAGCAGAGACCGGUGUUGGAAGUGCACAAGAUUCUCUAUAAGCUUCAAAACCUAUGGCCUCCGGACCAGCGGCCUGAAGAUGCAUCCGUGAGCUCCAAGGCUUCGCACGUCAUCGAAGCCGGCCAAUAUGAAUAUCCAUUCUCGUUCAAAUUGCCCCUGAACAACGCUUGCCAGCAGACUAAUAACCUUGCGACAAACUUAAACUUCAGCGGCAUGGCGCUCGAGUUUGCACGCACGGCCACGCACCACGUCAAGCAGACCCUCCCUCCCUCCCUCAAUGGCUUCCCCGGAGAAGCUGAGAUUCGAUACUACGUGAAGGUUACCGUCAAUCGACCCUCACUCCUCAAAGAGAAUCCACGAGCGAUAGCGAACUUCACGUUCCUACCCAUUGAGCCUCCUAGGCCGGCACAGUCAGAUGGAGAGGCAUAUGCAAGAAGGCAACACCAAUUCCUAGAAGUUGCAGCAAGUGCACCGGCAGCCAAGAAGAAGAGUUUCUUCGACUUUGAUCGAAAGUCGUCAACAUCCAACCUACCUUCGCCGACGUCCCCCCUGCCCGGCGGCACCACGCCGCGAUUCACAGUGGAUGUGAGGUUACCAAAUCCGGCUAUUCUGACUUGUGCGCGGAAUAUACCCUUGCGAAUCCUAGUGAAGAAUAUGAGUGGCCGGGAGAAGAAUGUAUAUCUGCAGAUGCUGCAGAUUGAACUCAUUGGCUAUACAAAAGUGCGGGCACACGAAGUUCAGCGAACGGAGUCUAACAGCUGGAUAAUUGCUAGCUUCAGUAAUAUGGCCAUCCCAAUAGGCUCCCCAAAUGACGCAGUCGGAACCGAGACGCCAAUCAACCCGGAGUACUGGUCCGACAGCCCUCUCCCCAACACAGUUGCUCCAACGUUCAACACAUGCAACAUCUCCCGCUUCUAUGAACUCGAGGUGCGCGUGGGUUUGGGUUACGGGUCAUACAAGCAUGGAGAGGAUCAACUUGUGGUUCUACCCCUGAGGCUGCCCGUCAAGGUGUAUUCUGGCAUUGCUCCGCCCAAAGCACUCCUCGAUGCCACAUUAUCAGCACAAGCUGGGAAAAUCAAACCCAGUGCUCCUCCAGCCCUCGCACCCCCUCCAGAACCAAUGCCACCCGUUACGCCGGUCGAUCAUGCAGGUUUCUCGGGGCCAAAUGCGCUCCCGCCUGUCCAAGGCGCGCCUCCUAGCCCUGCGCCUUUGGGCGUACAACCUCCGUACGAUGAUGCUCCUCCGAGCUACGAGGAGGUGGUUGGGGAGGACCUGCCUCCCGUUGAUGGCUACAGAGGGAACUACCAGCCGCCGCCAGUACCGGAGGGAGCCCCUCGGUUUUCGGAUGAGAGGAGGCGAUAAAUCAGAGUGGAGUACUGUCUAGCGGGCACAGGCGAGAUCCCGCUGUAUCAUAUGUGACUCUGGCCGACGCAUUCACUUUUGGUUUUACGUUGGGGUUUGCAGGGGGAAAGAGUGCCGCUAUCCAAUAGUAUCACCGGGAUCCCAACGUAUAGCUACGCUCCAAAUCCAGAGAAGAAAGGAUUGCGCAUGGCCCUCUAAAAAGUCAGGAUGAAACUACGAACUGGAGCGACGCACCCAGCAAUAGAGGGCA